AGCGAGGUGCGCUCCCAGGACACCGUGUUCGUGAUCGGAGGCGCGACCUCCAGCCUGAAGGGUCGCGAGCUGGCCUGGAAGUUUGUACAGGACCGCUGGGACGAGCUGCACACGCGCUACCAGGGAGGCUUCCUAUUGGCCAGGCUGGUCCAGUUCAGCACCAGUGGGUUUGUGGAGGAGUCCCGUGCCCGGGAGGUUGAGGAGUUCUUCAGGCAGCACCCCGCGCCGGCGGCCGAGCGAACCGUCCAGCAGUCCUGCGAGAACAUCCGGCUCAACGCCGCCUGGCUGGCACGCGACGCCGGAAACAUCAGCAACUACCUGAAGACCAGGGCAAGUCUGUAGGCAGCUGGGUUCACUAGUCUCCACCUAGUGUUAGGGUGGUAAAAUUUGGCAGAAACAGGGACUGACUGGCAAGGGGAGCGGGUUUACAAUUAGGGUUUCAUUUUGCCACCAAUAUCAGCAACUACCUGAAGACCAGGGCAAGUCUGUAGGGAGUUCAUUAGCCUACACCAGGCCUUUCUAAGGGGGUAACUGUAGCCUCCACCAGGCAUUUCUGUGGGGGUUAGGAUGGUAGAAUUUGGCAAAAAUAGGGUCUGACUGGCUAGGGGAGUAGAUUUCUUAUCAAACUCCCCUAUCCAAUUAUUUUCCCUAUUUGGCUAUACGUCUAGUAUUCUACUGUUUUGCUGGCAGCCCAUUUUGGCAAUGUCUGAGACCAGUUAUAAAGAGGAAGAGGUUUACAUAUUGUACUUGUUCUGGAUCUUGUUUGCUAAGGAAGUGAGCUUGAAAUUUAGAGCACUGCAAUCCCACCUAAGUCAUACUAUACCUUAAAAAGGAAUAACUCUUUCCCCUUCUCUAAAAUGUACUUCUAGUAGCAGCUACUUGACCAUUUGGUAUCAGUGAGAUACUAAGAGCUCCCAACACAGCUUAUUCUAAUUCUAGAAUGAUCAUGUUUGUACCUUAAAAAAGAGUCGGUAUUCAACCAGUUAUAAAGGAGACAACACCAUUUUCUCCAUUGAAUUUGAUGUGGAACUAUUGUCAUACAAAUUGUGACUGAGGUUACCUUCAAAACUACUUUCAUGUUCACAAAGUUUCGUGUAAACUUUUCAGCU